CAACGGCGUAGCAAACAAUGCAAGACGAGCAAGCACUUUUUUUUUAGAGAGAGGAGUGGGUUUGCAGCAGCGGAAGUUGCCGUUGCCUAGGAGACGGAUUUCAACUUCCGGCUGCGGGAGUCGGUUGCCUUGCCGGUUCGGUUGCUCGAGAUGCCGCCGAAACAGAGAUCUAGAUCGAUUAACAUCCAGCCGCAAACACCAAUUGCUAAGGUGAUAUCAAAGAAGUACAAGAAGGAUGAAGAUGACAUUACUGAGAUGGGAGAUGGAGACGACUGGAAUUUAGGAAAGACAAAUCUAAUCAAACCUGCUGAUCAACUAGAUCUCACUGAACAAGAACUAAAGGAAGAAAUUACUUGUGUUCUUACUGCCAACAAUCCACAUGCUCCUCAAAACAUUGUAAGAUACAGCUUCAAAGAAAGAGCUUACAAACAGGUACCAAUAAUUAGCCAACUAGCCAUUCACUUUUCAUUGGAUGGAAACCUAUUACACAAAGAUUCAGAUGAAGCAAAGCGACAGAUGUCUCAAUUGGAGAUUUCUGAAGAUGAAGAACCUUUAGCAGCUUCUACGCCGACUGAAGCAAUGCCAUAUGAAAAUGCAAAGAUAGACAUAGAAGAAGAUGUAGAAGAGCUUCCAGAUGCAAAGGCAAUGGAUGAGGAAGAAGAAAAGGAAAUAAUUAAACCUAAGCAAGAACGAAGAAUUCCCAACCAGUUCAACUUCAGUGAAAGAGCUUCACAGACUUUCAACAAUCCAAUGAGGGAAAAUGGAUGCCAGACAGAACCACCUCCCAGAGCAAGUUUUUCAUCAACAGCCAACCAGUGGGAAAUCUUUGAUGCUUAUGAGGAAGAAUUAGCAAAACAAGUGGUCAAGAAAGAGAAGCCAAAGGUACAGACUACAAAGAAAGGCGAAAUAUCAAAGAAAAAAGUAUCAGCUACUGAAAGCAUGGGUGAUGAUAUUUCAAGAGUUGGUAAAGUGGCUAAAAUAGUGGAACGAAUGGUGAACCAAAACACUUUUGAUGAUAUUGCACAAGACUUCAAGUAUUUUGAAGAUCCAUCUGAUGAAUUCCGGGAUCAAGAGGGCACUGUUCUGCCUCUGUGGAAAUAUUUUUUUGAAAAGGCAAAGAGACUGGCAGUUACUGGGAUGUGCUGGAAUCCUAGAUACCAUGACCUUUUUGCAGUGACCCAUGGCUCCUAUGAUUUCAUGAAGCAGAACCACGGCAUGCUUCUGGUUCACUCCUUGAAAAAUCCUACCUACCCUGAAUACCAGUACAGUACAGAGAGCAGUGUUUUGUGCUUAGACAUCCAUGAUGACUAUCCACAUUUGAUCGUUGUUGGUUUUUAUGAUGGCAACGUUGCUGUCUACAAUAUGAUGGAACAGACUGAUGGGCCCACUUACAAGAGUACAGCUUACUCAGGCAAGCACAGUGAUCCAGUUUGGCAGGUAAAGUGGCAAAAAGAUGAUCUCGACAACAAUAUUAACUUCUGCUCUAUCUCUUCGGAUGGGCGUUUUGUUUCUUGGGCUUUGGUUAAGAAUGAAAUUAUUCAUACUGAUAUUAUCAAACUUACACUGGAUGGAAUUUGUAAGGAUGCACUAGAAAAUUUGCAGCUGCAUAUUGUGGGUUGUGGAACAUCCUUUGACUUCCAUAGACAGAAAACAAACGUGUUUCUGGUUGGUACUGAAGAAGGAAAAAUACACAAGUGCUCUAAGGCCUAUUCAAGUGAAUUUCUGGCAACAUAUGAUGCUCAUCAUAUGGCAGUGGAUGCAUUGCAUUGGAAUACCUUUCAUCCAGAUGUCUUCAUUUCCUGCAGUUCAGAUUGGACUGUGAAGAUUUGGGAUCACAAUAUAAAGAAUCCACUGUUCACCUAUGAUCUAAAUUCACCAGUUGGAGAUGUUGCUUGGUCACCAUACUCUUCAACUGUGUUUGCAGCAGUAACAACAUCUGGAAAGGUUCAUGUGUAUGAUUUAAAUGUUAACAAAUAUGAACCAAUUUGUCAGCAAGCUAUCGUGAACAAGAAGAGAAAUAAACUCACACAUAUUGCAUUCAACCCAACCCACCCCAUCAUAAUGGUCGGAGAUGAGCGUGGCGGUGUGACAAUCUUGAAGUUGUCUCCAAAUCUGCGAAAACAGCCAAAGGCAAAGAAAGGACAAGAAGUGCAAAAAGGGCCCCAAGUGGAAAAAGCUAAACUGGACAAGCUACUGGCUCUGGUUAGAGACCCCAUUGUCAAGGAGACCUAAUUAGCCCUUGCAAUGAGGAUACUUAUUCAAUGUUUCCAAAUGAAUCAGCAGUCAUGUGUAAGCCUGACACCAUCAAAGCUACUACUACUUAAGAAAUGAAAUACCCUGCAUGUUUUUUGUUUAUAAACACAGCACAAAACCCUAACAGCAUAGGAAUGUUUUGAGAUAUAAUGAGAUAAAUCUGUCAAUUUAGUAUAUUUACAGACAAAUUUAUUUUUCCUCCUACUUAUUGAUGAUUUUUUUGUAUGAAAAUCUAGAGAAAUAAACAGAUACUUUAGAACUGGUAGAUUACUUUUGUGCAGCUUACAAAAUAAAGUCUUGUAUUUUACUUGAAUUCUGGAGAGAAAUAAAAGCU